UUCAGAGUGCUUGAUCAGACGCCCAAAAUUAUACCUGCGCGAUACUGCAGACCUGGCGUGGCGCGCCUAUAAAAGGCGAGCUCGCGGCUCGCUUGCUCUCGCGCCGUGUGCUGUGCAUAAACGUUCCGCCUCUGCUUUCCUCUGUUUCUUGGGCGCCAUGGUGGUCCUUGCCAAGGGAGAGCUCGAGCAGAUCGCCCCCCCAGCGGCGCAGCCGCCGCCGGCUGACUUGUGGUCCGUGGACCUGUCAGCGCCGGCCGGCCCGGACCGCGCAGCCGCGGCGCGCGCUCUGGUGGCGGCGUGCGAGGAGCACGGGUUCUUCAGGGUGACGGGCCACGGCGUGCCGAUGGAGCUCGCGCGCGCCGCGGAGGCCGCCGCGUCAGCGUUCUUCGCGCUGCCGCAAGGCGACAAGGAGGCUCGGCCGCUCGGGUACUCCAGCAAGUGGAUCGGCGGCAACGGGGACCUCGGGUGGAUCGAGUACCUCCUGCUUGGCGUCACCCCCGCCGGUGCCGUGCCCGUCGCCUCCGCUUCAUCGUCCUCGCCCUCGACAUUGCCGUGCGCUGCUGCAGACGCGGCGGUCGCCGCCUCGUUGUCCACGCAACCUUGCCCCUUACGGGAUGUUUUGGACGAGUACACGGUGGCGGUGCGGCGGAUGGCGUGCGCGGUGCUGGAGCUGAUGGCCGAGGGGCUGGGCGUCGGCCCGCCGGACGCGCUCGCGCGGCUGGUGACGCGCGCGGACAGCGACUGCAUGCUGCGGGUGAACCACUACCCGCCGCGGCCCGAGCUGGGCGGCGGGCCCAACCUCACGGGCUUCGGCGAGCACACCGACCCGCAGAUCAUUUCCGUGCUCCGCUCCAACGGCACCUCCGGCCUGGAGAUCGCGCUGCGGGACGGCGCCUGGGCCUCCGUCCCGCCCGACGGGGACGCCUUCUUCGUCAACGUCGGCGACACUCUGCAGGUGCUGACGAACGGGAGGUUCAGGAGCGUGAGGCACAGGGUGUUGGUGAACAGCGAGCGGUCCAGGGUGUCCAUGAUCUUCUUCGGCGGCCCGCCGCCCGGCGAGAAGCUGGCGCCGCUGCCGCAGCUUCUCGGCGGCGGCGGCCGGAGCCGGUACAGGGACUUCACCUGGAGGGAGUUCAAGAGCAGCGGCUGCAGGACCAGGCUCGCGGAAGACCGGCUGUCCCCCUUUGAGAACUAGCAGCUGGCUGCAAUUCCUAGUCUUACUGCCUGGCUAGUAACUUGAGAUUAGUGAUCGUGCUCGUGCUGCUGCUGCUGCUGCUCAUAGUCUUAGUACGUGUGCAUACGUGCACGCACGUGUGGUGCAUAGUAAGUAGUAGGUGUUUUUCUAGCCGUGGAAUACCAUGGUUCUCUGUUAAUUGCCUCCUUUGUUCUCACUAAACGGAUCAAUGCAUAUGUUCUCCCCAGGGUCAAACGUCAAGCUUGAUCAUGUAACAUUGAACUGUACUUGUGGAUGUGGCCCUUCCAACGCCAGCAGUUCUUGUAACUCUGACAGGACAGAAAGCCAAUGUUUCCAGGGGAAGGCCACUUGUUACCGGCAGCACUUUCCUUCAAAAAGGUGUCCUUUGCACAAGACAGACACGGUAAUAUGCAGUACAUCUGCCCCAGCACAGUUCCCACAGAGUAAUGGCGAAAUGCAUCACGACGAGGGUUUUACAUUAGAAGUGAAUGGAAGCUAGUGUUUGACCCUAGGAAAUGACACUGCCGACGGCCGACCUGGCAGCAGUCAAACCAAGAGGCGGUUGGAGAAGUGUGUUGGGCCACUUUAAUCAGAUACUUACUUUACUUGUGUAAAUGGAGUAAAAGUUACUAACAAUAUUUAACAACUGCCCCAUCUCUUCUUUUUGGGCAGACCAACUGU